UUGCAUGGUUUGAAAGGGAAACUAGUAGUAUAAUUAAGUAUAGUUGUAUUAUUGUAUGUAAGUAUAUAUUUUCUAUUAGUAGUAAAUAGAUCUAUAUCAUUAUGUAAUAUUAAAUUAUAUUACUACCACUGUCUCUGUAUAUAUCUAGAUCUAUACACCAAUAGAGCUUGACUACAAUCAAAAUCAUUGAAAAUGUCUGGAUUUAACCCAGAAGAAAGAAUGGUCAUUCAAAGCAAUGGAGAUAUAACUAAGUAUCCAAUGAAAAGACUGGAAUUGUCUAUAAAAAAAUUUAUAAAAGUUUUAGACAUAGAUUUGGACAGAUUGUACAAACAUACAAUCAGCAUAAGCAGGUUGAUCAAUGCAGAAGACUGGAAUAACUUACAUAAAGAACAAGUCAAUGCUUCUCGUACAAUUCAACAAAUACAAGCUAACAUUAAAGAGAUAGAAAAGGCCAGGAAACAAGUGAAUGAUGAAGAGCUUUCUGAGUUUGAUGCUAGGGUUGAAGGAGUAAAACUGAAAGCUAUUGAAUCAAUGAAAGAGUUUAUGGCCUUUGCUGGAAUGAAAACAGAUGAAUCUCAUGAAGACUUGGAAAAAGUUGACAGUGGAUCAUCAAACUCAAUAUCUGCGGCAGUCCCAGUGACAGCUCAGAGAGGCUCUGAUUUUAAAAAGCAAACUAGUCUAGCAGGCCACUCUGAAGACGAAUCUGACUCACCACAAACCACAUUUGGAAGUUUACCAGCAGUCUUACAUGCUCAUCCGAGUGAAACACUUCACUUGCAUGUUGUCCCACAAAACUCAGAGGCAACUGCUUCCUGGGAGGAGCUACAAGAGAACAUUCUAGAACUAAACGUAUUGGUCCAUGAAUUCUCUUCCAGAGUUGAGGAGCAAAAAGAAAAAAUUACCAGCAUUGAAGAAAAUAUUGACAACAGCCAUGAAAAUAUUAAAGAAGGCACACAACAUUUAGCUAAGGCUGCCAAGUACAAGUCUGCACUUCUUCCUGUGGUAGGGGCUGUAGUUGGUGGUGUAGUAGCUGGUCCAGUGGGUCUUGUUGCUGGAAUGAAGAUUGGAGGUUUGGCUGGUGCUGUUGGUGGAGCAGUAGGCUACGCCAGUGGUAGGUUGGUCAAGAGUCGCCAAGAUAAAAUAUCAUCAAUGGAACUUGAAAACAUGAGUGACAAGCGCUCCGUCUCACUACCUGAAUUGCCUGACAGUGAAAGAAAGCUAGACAAGAGGCCUAGCCAAAGUGUGGACACCACUCAGCAGGAAGACGACUCUGGCAUCCCAGUAGAGGGAAAAAGUGAUGAUGUCUUUACUUCUGUGACCUCAUCUUUCCGAAAGUUUUUCUCCAUGUCUGACGAAUGACAAGAAGGAACAGCUCAUUGUGUUAAAAAAGUUUUCAGCUUGAGAAUCAUUGAAAUAGGAGAAGGUCUUUAUUUCUCUAAACAUCUUGUAGACUAGCUUCUGGCAUCUUUUCAUUGUUUUGAUGAAACUUUUGAAAAAAAAAAACAACAAAAAAAAACAAAUUUUAAAUUUGUGCCAACAUUGUCCAAAGGGAGCUUAUAUUUGUGAGCCAUCUGUUAAUAUAAGAAACGGAUGGUGGCAUAAAGAGUUGACUGUAUAUUUUGAUAUAAAGAAAGCUUAUAAGAUGUUAUGCAGGAGAUAUACUUAUGCAAUAAUUUUUCCGAGGGCUCGCAUAAUAAAAAUUGAUAUUUACCAUUUUAA